AUGGUUCCAGAAGAAGCGCGUCUACGCGUGGUCAUCGUCGGAGCUGGUCUCAGCGGCAUUGCCACAGCAAUUUCUUCAGCUCUUUCUGGUCACUCGGUCACAGUUAUCGAACAGGCAAAGCAACUGGCAGAGGUCGGGGCAGGAUUGCAAAUCACUCCCAACGCAGCUCGUCUUUUGAAGUACUGGGAGCUCUCCGCUUCACUAUGGGAAGCAGCUGCCGAGCCUACUAAGUUGACUGUUCAUCGUUAUUCAGGCCAGGUCCUGGCCCACGAUAGCAACUUUGAUAAGAACAUUCGCGCCAAAUACGAUGCGCCCUUUGUGGAUUUGCAUCGUGGGGACUUGCAACUGGCUCUGUUUGCGCGGGCAAAGGAUCUGGGUGUGACUUUCCAUUUUGGCGAGAGAAUCGAGCGGAUUGAUUUCGACACGACGGUCGUGCACUCCGUGGCGGGAAAGACCUUCUCUGGCGAUUUGAUAGUCGCUGCGGAUGGGCUGUGGUCCCAGUGUCGUGAGGCGUUUGUGGGGAAAAAAGACGAACCCAUUCCCACUGGAGAUCUUGCCUAUCGUAUUGUUUUGACAGCCGAUCAGAUCUCUGAUCCGGAUCUCAAGGCACUGGUGGAGAAUCCUGAAGUGCAUUUCUGGAUUGGACCUGGAGCUCAUGCGGUCGGUUAUUCGCUGCGCGGCGGCCAAAUGUACAAUAUCGUACUGCUGGUGCCGGAUAACCUGCCUCCGGGUGUUUCAAAGCAGGCUGGAUCUGUGGAGGAGAUGCAGAAGCUGUUUGUUGGUUGGGAUCCCAUUCUGAACAAGUUCCUCACAUAUGUGACCAAUGUGGACAAGUGGAAGUUGAUGCACCAUGGCGAAUUGGAAAAAUGGGUGAACGAUACUUCAAAUCUGGUCUUUAUUGGUGACUCUUGUCACCCCAUGCUCCCAUACUUGGCACAAGGUGCCAACUCUUCCCUUGAAGAUGGCGCUGUUCUUGGCCUUUUGCUGGGACACAUGACGGACAAGAAGCAACUGCCUCGUAUAUUGCGCCUUUACGAGAGUCUACGCAAGUCUCGAGGUGAGGCAAUUGUACGCGAAACAUUCAAACAGAGACAUGACUUCCAUAUGGAAGAUGGCGAAGAGCAGAAGAAACGUGAUGAGCUCUUCCUCUCACAACUUGGAAAGGAGAUCAAGGGCCACUUCCCCAGCCGAUGGACAUGCCCUGAGGUCCAACCCUGGCUGUAUGGAUACGACGCCAUCAAGGAAGUCGAGAAAGCUGUGACAGAGAACCCCGAUCUAUUCUCAUAA